AUAUCCUUAUCAUAAUCAGACGACUACCAGUGUGGCAGUGUCCCACUCAAGGUCCGUCAUCUGUUUCUAUUUUUUCUGCCAUUUUUGGUUCAUAUUAAUGCUCAAUUGCUAUUCAAGAUUAUAGGAUGGAUGCAGCUAGAGUUUUUAUGGCUUUGCUACUAGUUUGGUUGGCUAUGCCUUUCCUUCUUGGAGUAACAUCUCAUGGGAUACAGCCACUAGCAAGGAUUGCAGUUCAUAAUUCAGUGGUUGCUUUGGAUAGUCAGUCUUUUGUUAAAGUUUAUCCUUCUCUUCUCGGCCAAAAUGGUCAAAACAAAGAAUGGGUUACUUUGGAAUACGUCAGACCAAAUCCAUCUAGUGAUGACUGGAUUGGAGUGUUUUCUCCGGGAAAUUUCAGUGCAUCAACCUGCCUCCCUGAGAAUCAAAUGACAAGUCCACCUUGGUUGUGUACAGCACCUAUUAAGUUUCAAUUUGCAAAUUACUCCAACUCCAAGUACAUAGAGACAGGAAACGGGUCACUUAAGCUUCAAUUGAUCAACCAAAGAUCGGACUUCUCUUUUGGGUUGUUUUCUGGUGGAUUAUCAAAACCAAAGCUUGUCGCAACGUCAGAUAUUGUUUCCUUUGAAAACCCAAAUGCACCAUUGUACCCAAGGUUAGCACAAGGGAAGAUGUGGGAUGAAAUGACUGUGACAUGGACAAGUGGAUAUGGGAUCAAUGAGGCAGAGCCAUUUGUGGAGUGGGGUAAAAAAGGAGAGGAUCAGAAACACUCUCCCGCUGGGACUCUCACUUUUGACCGCAGUAGCAUGUGUGGUGCACCUGCUAGAACUGUGGGAUGGCGUGAUCCAGGGUUCAUUCACACUGCCUUCCUCAAGGAGCUUUGGCCCAACUCAUUGUAUACUUACAAGCUGGGUCAUAAGCUGUUAAAUGGCACAUACGUCUGGAGUCAGAUUUACCAAUUCAAGUCAUCUCCUUACCCUGGCCAAUGUUCUGUACAGCGUGUGAUCAUUUUUGGCGACAUGGGAAAGAAUAGGAGGAAGCUGAUGGGUCUAGUGAGUAUAACAACUAUCAACCUGGAUCCCUUAAUACCACUAAGCAGCUGGUUGAUGAUCUGAAAAAUUAUGAUAUAGUUUUUCACAUUGGAGAUAUCUGCUACGCAAAUGGAUACAUCUCUCAGUGGGACCAGUUUACGGCACAAGUAGAGCCGAUCGCUUCAAGGGUACCUUACAUAGUUACAUGAUCACAAGUGGCAAUCACGAGCGUGAUUGGCCUGGGUCAGGUUCAUUCUAUGGGAACAUGGACUCGGGUGGCGAAUGUGGUGUCCCAGCUCAAACAAUGUUUUAUGUUCCUGCUGAAAAUAGGGAAAAGUUCUGGUACUCUACAGAUUAUGGCAUGUUCCGGUUUUGCAUUGCUGACACCGAACAUGACUGGAGAGAGGGAACAGAGCAGCAUAAUUUCAUUGAGCACUGCCUUGCAUCUGUUGACCGACAGAAACAACCAUGGCUCAUUUUCCUUGCCCACCGGGUACUUGGUUACUCUUCUGGUGAGUCCUAUGCCAACGAAGGAUCGUUUGGAGAGCCAAUGGGAAGGGAAAGCCUUCAAAAGCUUUGGCAGAAGUAUAAAGUAGAUAUUGCCAUGUAUGGUCACGUCCAUAACUAUGAAAGGACAUGUCCUAUUUACCAGAAUAUUUGUACAAGCAAAGAGCAACACUUCUAUAGAGGCAGCUUGAACGGGACAAUACAUGUUGUUGCCGGGGGAGGAGGUGCAGGCCUCGCGGGUUUUGCCAACAUAUCAACUUCAUGGAGUCUGUCCAAAGACCAAGACUACGGAUUUGUCAAGUUAACAGCAUUUGAUCAUUCAAACCUCCUGUUUGAGUACAAGAAGAGCAGGGAUGGUAAAGUAUAUGACUCCUUCAGGAUAUCACGGGAUUACCGAGACAUUUUGUCUUGCACGGUGGAUAGCUGCCCAAGCACGACACUUGCAUUUUAAUCCAAUGUAAUGAGGAAAUAUCCUCCUUCACCGCCAGUUUGGUUUUUCUCUUACACUGACUGCUUGACACAAUACCUUUCCAAUGACAUGCAUGAGCUGGCAAUAUGAACUGCUGCAUUGACAAAAAUCAGAGCGAAAGAUAGGAUAAGUUAUGGUUGGUAAAAUCAGAUCGUUUAAAAUGCAUUUUAAUUGUAUGGUUCCGGUAAGGUGAACUGUGGUUGCCUUGAUCAAAUUUAAACUGAAGUCUAC